AGUUCAUUCUUCCUGCACGCAAUAAUGAACAACGGCGACGACAGCACGACCGGUGCGGCGACGACGACAACCUCGAGCUCGUGCUUGAACGUAGGGAACCUCUGGUGGUUCUACUCGCCCGGCGCGCUGCGCGUCGAGGACUUUGAGCCCGUCGAGCCCUGCGGCACGUCGCUCACCAAGUUCACCGCCACGUUUCAGCCCGUGACGAAUGUGACAUUCCACUUAAACACUCCGAGCGUGAGCUUCAAGUCCAUCUCUUCGAUGCGCUACACCAAGCUGCUCAAAGCGCCGAUCGCCAACGUCAUCUUUGACGGCGUGCCAUCCGACUUCAAGUACGCGUCGUUGGUGCAGCCGACCACCAUGACCAUUAUGAACACGGCGAAAUUUGGCCCGAUCUCGGUGGGCCUCUCAACCUUCAAGCCGGUGCCUGCGCUAAUCUUUCUCAACGUGGACCCGCGGCAGCUCUCGAUCGUCGACGGCGCGCGGAACCUCUCGGCGCUCUCGAUCACGGCCGACUGCUCGACACGGCUGAUCGUCAACAACGUCCCCACGAUCCCGACCAACUGUUUGACGACGGCCCCGCCACGGACCCCCGCAGCGACCAAGAAACCAUCGGUGAGCAACGACGCCACGACGCCGCAGCCCAGUGCGUCGAUGGUGGUCCCGUCCAGCGCCUCGGACGCGGGCGCCUCCACCGGCCUCAUCGUGGGCUUGGUGCUCGCCAGUAUCGUCGUGCUCGGGCUCGCCCUCGUCUACGUUUGGCUCCGCCGGAAACGCCGUCAGCGGCCAUCAAAGGAUGUCGAGUUCUCUUCGUACUACAGCGAGCCGCCAGCGACGCCCGCCCUCUCGGCUGUCGUCGUCGAGCCCGCGAAUAGUGACGCACCGCGCAAGCCGACGCUGUUGCUCAAGCUCAAGGCGCGGCCCGAGCUCGCGCCGUACUGGCUCGAGUCGCUCGAAGGCGUGGCUAUUUCGCCCGUCUACGGCCAGACGUUUACGUGCAAGCUCGGCUCCAGCACCGUGGCACUCACGGGGCUUUCGUACGCCGACGCGACCCACGACGACCGCGCCACGUUUGUCGCCGCGUUUCGCGAGAUCGCCGACCUCUCGUGCGACGCCAUCACGCGCGUCAUCGGUAUCUCGCUCACCAAGUGCCAGAUGCGUCUCGCGAUCGCGACCGAGUACAUGGACGAGCACAGCGUCCGGCGUGUGCUCCAGAACCAGACUCUGGAUCUGCCUCGCAGCACACGGCUCCAGAUGUGCGAUGACGUGACGCAAGGCGUGUGGUUUCUUCAGACGCAGACGCCGCGCGGCGCGCAUCGCUGCAAGCUCGACGCCGCCGCGCUCAUGGCGCCAACGUACGUCUUUAAAAAGUACCCUGGCCCGUCGCUCGGACUGGGCCUCGCGCCGUAUGCGUCGCCCGAGGUCCUUCGCCGCGACGCAAACAUUGAUCGCCGCGCCGCCGACAUUUUCGCACUCGGCGUGCUCUGCGCCGAGAUCCUCACGCGCCAGCGGCCGUACGACGCGCUGUAUGCGGCCGAAGGCUUCCUCGGCGGCGACAUGCGCUUGGUCCACGCAGCGUCGAGUGGCAAUGCGAUGCCGGCACCGUUUGAGGUCGCGACACUCGAAGCGCACACCUCGGUCGAGGGCGUCUCGCUGCUCAGACGGUGCUGGAACGUUCGCCCGUCGCAACGCCCGAGCAUCGACGAGAUGGCCGAGUACUUUGCCCGGGACUUUGACGACAGCAGCGUGACGCUGUGA